AUGGAGCCAAUUAACUCGAGGAACUCCUACUUCUCCCCGAGCCCAAAUCAAUGCACCUGUCUUGGUGAACCCAUAAAGUAUCUGCGCUUGGUCGACACGACGGCGCCGUGCCUUGACACAACAUGUGGAACAUUUAUCGAAUGGCAGCAAAAAGCCGACGCUGCCGACCGCGAACAAUACGUCGAAUACAUGUGCGGUGAUGGACGGGGCGUCUGCGAGGGAUGGGAGGAGCAUGUAAGCAAAAAAGUGCCGGCCCAAAAGAUCAAUAAAUGCCCAGCCCUCGGCGGGCCCUGUUAUUUGCAUAUGAAAAACUUGGCCGAAUGGGUCUACGCGCCUCCGGACGAAAAUUCAAAUUGGAUCGUUGUA